AUGUCUGCCGGGCACAAUGAGCCGAAACUGCUCUACAGCGUCGGCAACAUAAGUGCAUACCACAUUCAAGAUGGCCAAGAGUCACCUCUCAGCCACUCUGGACCGCAGACCUUGUCCUUGCUCAUGGUCCCAACAUCAUCCCCUUUCGCUGACCUAUCUUCCGCCAAUCCUUCUAGUGCAGCACCUGAGGAGGACUUCUACCUGCACCUGCAUCUCCCCCCAGAGCUCGACCUCUCCCUACCUGCGACAACUCAGAUCUACCACCAGCCUCCAAGAAGCUACCUGAUCCCACGAUGGGAUCUAGGACCAGAGAGUGGUGCUUUCACUCGCAUUGAGUUUCCUAAGAUUGGGACUGGACCUGACAGGGUCACGCAGGAAGAUGUAGAUACGUUUGAGACGAUUCUAGCACAAUGCACUGCGUUUCUGGAACGGGCGAGCUUCACAUCUGCGGGUGAAAAGAAAUAUAAUCCGGCGAAUUACGCUCCUGGCGAGGGUUAUGUUGGCUCUGGCCUGGGUGGCACUGAGAAGGGCCACAUUGUCCUUGUGGAUGAAGAGGAUGGGUCAGUCGUUGGCGAGCUUGGGGAGGGGUUCCACGUUGUUGAGGGCAAGGAUGUACACGCCGGCUCAAAGAGACCUGUUGAGAUUCAAUUGCCCCAGGAAGGCGAAGGCAACCAGAUCAACAUCACCAAUGCUUCAGAAGAAUAUCUCAAGAUGGCGAAGCAUCCUGCCUACAAAGACUCAACCCUGGUGCAAAAUGCUGCUGUGGCUUCUCGUCUUAUAGUCACGGGAUCUGGAUGGCUAGCGGAUCAGAUGACCACCGGGGCAGACAACUUCACUAAGAAGACGAAGCCGAACCCCAAACCUAUGACUUUCACACCGACUACUCAAGCAAGGGUGAGAAAACUGAACAGCGUCACCCAGGGCGCUGUGGGCCUGUCCGCAAAGACCGUUGGCCAAGUCACCAGACAUGCGCAGAACCUUGGCGCAACCUUAACUCGCCGGAGCGAGCAACAGAAAAAGAACCAUAAAGCUGACAGAGAAGGCUACAAACCAGGCUUGUUGAACAAAUCUAUGAUGGCGUUUUCGACCAUCGCAGACGGCGUCGAUUAUGCUUCGCGUAACCUUUUGGCUUCGGGAUCCAGCGCUGCGACUCAGGUCGUUGGCCAUCGGUACGGAGAAAAUGCAAGAAAUGUUGCCGGAAGUAUUGCAGGUGGCGUGAGGAACGUAGGUCUUGUUUACGUAGAUGCCGCGGGGGUUUCGCGGAGAGCAGUCAUCAAAUCGGUUGCAAAGGGGAUGGUGGUUGGCAGAGCGCCUGGUGGAGGAGACUUGGUAGUUGGCGGUGGAGAUGGCGGGGCCAUUCCUCCCGAGGCGAUGCCUGCUGAUAAACCCGGGACGGUGGGAAACCAGAGUAUGGGCGCGGGGUCGGGUACGCAAGUUGGCUUUGGCAACAAGACUGCUCCAAUAACAGAGAAGUCGAGCUCAUUGGGUGAGCCACUGGGCUCCUAA